GCCAGGCUGCAUCGGGCUAGGCAAGAUGGCGGCUAUGGAGGCUGAGACGGCAAUGACGAUGACCCUGGAAUCGCUGCCCACAGAUCCGCUGCUUCUUAUCUUAUCCUUCUUGGACUACCGGGACCUAAUCAACUGUGGCUAUGUCAGUCGAAGACUUAACCAGCUAUCAACUCAUGAUCCGUUAUGGAGAAGACAUUGCAAAAAAUACUGGCUGAUAUCUGAGGAAGAGAAAACACGGAAGCGUCAGUGCUGGAAAUCUAUCUUCAUAGACACUUAUUGUGAUGUAGGAAGAUACAUUGAUCAUUAUGCUGCUAUUAAAAAGGCCUGGGACGACCUCAAAAAGUAUUUGGAGCCCCGCUGUCCUCGGAUGGUUAUGUCUCUGAAAGAGGGUGCCCGUGAGGAAGACCUUGAUGCGGUCGAAGCUCAAAUUGGUUGUAAGCUUCCUGAUGAUUAUCGGUGUUCAUACCGUAUCCACAAUGGGCAGAAGUUAGUCGUUCCCGGACUGUUGGGAAGCAUGGCGCUGUCAAAUCACUAUCGUUCUGAAGAUUUGUUAGAUGUUGAUACAGCUGCUGGGGGAUUCCAGCAGAGACAGGGACUGAAGUACUGUCUCCCUUUAACGUUUUGCAUCCAUACUGGUUUGAGUCAGUACAUAGCUGUGGAAGCUGCAGAGGGUAGAAACAAAAAUGAAGUUUUCUACCAAUGUCCAGACCAAAUGGCUCGGAAUCCAGCUGCUAUUGAUAUGUUUAUCAUAGGUGCUACUUUCACUGACUGGUUUACCUCCUACGUCAAUAACGUUGUGUCUGGCAGCUUCCCCAUCAUUAGAGACCAAAUUUUCAGAUACAUUCAUGAUCCAGAGUGUGUAGCAACAACGGGGGAUAUUACAGUGUCUGUUUCCACGUCAUUUCUGCCGGAACUCAGCUCUAUACACCCACCUCACUAUUUCUUCACAUACCGAAUCAGGAUUGAAAUGUCAAAGGAUGCCCUUCCUGAGAAGGCUUGUCAGUUGGCCAGUCGUUAUUGGAGAAUAACAAAUGCUGAAGGAGAUGUAGAAGAAGUUCAAGGGCCUGGAGUAGUUGGUGAAUUUCCCAUCAUCAGCCCAGGUCGAGUAUAUGAAUACACUAGCUGUACUACAUUCUCUACAACAUCAGGCUAUAUGGAAGGCUAUUAUAUCUUCCAUUUCCUGUACUUUAAAGACAAGAUCUUUAAUGUUGCCAUUCCCCGAUUCCACAUGGCAUGUCCAACAUUCAGGGUGUCUAUAGCUCGACUGUUUUGUAAUUUGUGCCUUUCAAGAAAUUUGUCCAUAUCAUCUAAACGUUGAAUUUAUUGACGUAAAGUUAUUCGUAAUAGUCCCUUGAUAUCCUUUUAAUGGCUACAAGAGCUGUAGUUAUAAAUCCUUGGUUCUUAAUAUCGGUAACUUAUAUCUUCUCUUUUUUCGCAUUACUUGAUCAUUAUCAUUCUUGUUGAUCAUUUAAAGGAACAAUUUUUGGUUUCACUGAUUUUUUUUCUCUAUUUCCAUAUUUUCUUUCACAUUGAUUUCUACCAUUGUCUGUAUUUCUUUUCUAUUUUCUUUGGGUAUUAUUUGUUUUUCCCUAGCUUUUUAAGGUAGAAGUUUUGGUUAUUAAUUUUAGGCCUUUCCUGUCUCUUAAGCACUGUUUUACUUGAACUUCACAAAUUUUGAUGUGCUGUGUUUUGGUUAUUAAUAUCAGUUCAAAAUUAUUUUUGAACUCAAAUUUCCCUUGUAACUUCGAUUUGUGGCUUUUGUAGAAAUGUGUUAAAUUCCACACAUUUGGAAAUUUUGAAUUAUCCUUUGGUUAUUGAUUUCUAAUUUUAUUGUGGUUAGAGAACUUAAUCUGUACCUUUAGUACUUUUAAAUGUUUUAUGGCCCAACAUUAUGUAAAGACUUUAUAUAUCUUGCUAAAUGAUCUUUGUGUAUUUGGAAAGAAUGUAUAUUCUGUCAUGUGGGGAAAUACUGUUCUGUAAGGGACAGGUCAAACUGAUUGAUUGGUUGACAGUUUUUUUUAUGUCAUCUGUAUAUUCAUUGCUCUUUUGUUGCUGUUGUUUUGUUCUGUCAACUACUAAAAAGAAGAUUGUUGAAAUCUCCAACUAAAA